ACAAUCCCUCAUCUCUGUAUCACCGGACAGGUGAAUAAACAAAGAGCUUGGCUCAUGAAUGCUGCCAUAGAAACAUUGACAAAAUGCCAGAUGAAAACACCACACGAAGAGUUGGCCACAGGAGUYGUGCAUCGCCCAAAGCCAGGGAGGAACAGUUUCCUGAUACAAAGGAGAAAAAUGGACUAUUAUUUUGCAACGYUUGCAACUGUMUACUUGACCACAUAAGGAAGCAAWYAAUAGACACACAUCUGGCUUCUGCCCGUCAUUUAGCAAAGAAGAAAGCUAAGGAUGAGGGCAAAGAAUUGUCCAAUGACAUUCAACCARAGUAUCCUAACACAGUWUGGAGUGAAGACGUUCUCCGUUGCMAAACAUGCAAACGUGCUCUUGACCACACAUGGAAACCAUCAGUGACCAGACACCUGACAGCCUGUAAAAGGAAAGCUGAACAUGAGGAUGACUGGAAACCCGAAAGGAAAAAGACCUCUUCACUUCCCUCCCCUCAGCUUCCCUCUACAUCUUCCCAAUCCAUCUGCCCCUYCCCAAGAGCCUCACGAAGCAGUGUGACAGAAAGAUUGACCGGAUCUCUUGAUCUGAGUGAGACAGAGAAGAGAAGAGAGGUGGACUACGAUGGUGAGGAUAUCGUUGAAGGGAGGAGAGAUGAGCUUGGCAAUGUCAACAGUGGAGCAACGUCCUUUGACCAAAGGUGA